AUGCCUGCGCGGAAAAGUGGAAAGUCCUCAAUCCCAGUCACCGCCGAGGAGGAGCGGAUAAAUGCUGAAACGACGCGCCUUCGUUCGCGCGCCGAGCGCCGUCUCCUUCAAAAAACCGCCCCCGGCGCAUCGACUAGCGCCGCUUCGAUCGCGCUGCGCCGUUGCGAUGGGGCGGAUAUCGUCAAGCGAAACGCCAACCGCAAGAAAAAAUAUUUAUUCGUCUUCCCUGGAGCCGCUUCGCUUCCCCCGGGCGCAACCGUCGGCUCACUGUCAGGGUUGGACACGCGCACUCCGACUCUAGAUGUCGACGUUCCACCGCAUGGACGCAUUCGCCUUUUAGGUUCGCUUGUGUUCCCGAAAAAUUGCUUCACAGCAGUGAAAGUACCGGCGUCGAAGAAGAAGCCGGUAAACGUGGUUGAUACAUUUGAGACGCUCGUCGUUUUUUCGGAGUGGGCUUGGGUUGGCGAUCCGAAGAAGAAUCCGGGGGGGCUUCCAGAACCAUUGCCCCUUGUGUUAAAAAGGCCAUUGGAGGAAGGGAAAGCCUUGUGGAAAUCAUGCCCAUCGCAAGACAAUGAGCUGAACACUGGCCCCGCGAUUCGGAAGGAGAAAGCGGGGGGAGGUGGCGUCGGAAAGAGCAAGGUCAAUGAUGCUAUAGUUUUGGAUGACGACACGGACGAGGCUGAGAAUGUCGUAGAUAACGUAAUAGAGUUGGAUGAUGAGGACGAGGACGCGGGCAGCUGGGAUCAGUGGGAGAGUACGUUUUCAACGGCCGCAGCGCAAAACGUGGAACCUCGCUCAAAUCCGAGAAGAAAGCGGAAACGAAUCAAUUAUGCAGACGAGGAGGAGGAGGACAUGGAUAGCAUAGACGGAAAUGCGGAGGGAGGGAGCGCAGGAGGGAGUGAUGAAAGUAGCGGUACGCCGGACACGAACGAUGAUGAUCCAGGGUACACUGCUGAGGCUGACCUCAUCGGAACUGCUGCAUUUUAG